AAGCACACUCCACUACGUGUCUUAAAUCAUAUCAUACUCUCGGUCGCCUAUAUAUAUACUCGUGUCUCUCAUAAAUCGAAUAUAAAGAAAAACAAACUUGCAAUUCUACAUUAAAAAAAAAAAGAAGAAACACAAAACUUUCUUUCCCUUUGUCACCCGAGAAGACGAAGAAAAACAUGAUGGAUUCUUUAGCUAAAUGCUUCAACGGACUUCAAGAAAUGCACGAGAACGUUCUAGAGGCAAAACCCAUUUACAGAGACGACUUGGACAUAAAGUUACCUCUGGAUUGCUCAGUGGUUUCAGUAGAGCCCACCAAAAAGUCCCGUUGCUUGCAAAGAGCCAAGAGGAUUGACAAAGCCGUAAGGUUCGAAGAAGAAGAUGAAGACAUGGCAAAGCAUGAAGAAGGUCAAAAGCCACGUAAGGUUGUGAGGUUUCAGUUAGAGAAUAAUAAGAUAUUCGAACCAAAGAGGCCGGUGAGGUUCGAUCUUGAUGAUCAUGAACUCGAACCAAAAGAGAAGCCUCUGGAAGCAAAAGAGGGUUUGAAUAAGGCUGAAGGGAAAGAAGAAGUUGUGAGGGUUAAGAUAAAGGUGGCGAAGAAGGAAGCUGAAAGGCUAUUAGCGAACUGGAAAAACGACAGUGUUUUGGAUCUCAAGCAUGUGGUGGACCAGAUCGCACACGUUUCGGUUCAUCAACUUCAAGUCGAUGUGGUUAUGGUUGCUUGUAACAACGGGCGACAAGGAAAUGGCUGCUUGUUAUCCCAGACGGAAUAGUUUUUUGGAAUUUAUUCUGGACCUCUGGUUAAUUUUUUUUGUAGUUUUAGGGUAAUAUCUAUCUAUCUAUCAAGUCAUCAUGUGUAUAUAUUUUGAUGAUACAAGUUUUUAUAAGACGUAUAUAUUCAUCACUUUUAGUACAGUUAUGCAU